ACCCCAGUAUUGUAAAUUAUAAGAAUAUAAAUCGACAAGCAUUAGCAACAUAAAAAAGUAAUCCACGGCACACCACAAGGUUCUUAUGCAAAUAGUGCAAUAAUUGUUUUUAAUUCUCCUUGCAGACGAUUGGAUUUUCUUCAAAGGCAUGAACUUUCAAAUUUGUAUUUACAAGGCAUAUCACCGCAACAUUUCGGUCGAAGGCAAACCUUUGUCAAGUGCCAUCGGGCUGCGGCAUGAGAAUGGCGGUGAUAGCAGAGAAAGAAAGAUGAUCGGCUUGAAUUCUGAGAAAAUCACGCCAUGAGACGUGGAACAAGAUGUCCUUCAGCUUGUAAGAACGAAAAUUGAAAAAAACGAAGCUGACGCAAGCGUCCUCCAGCAUGUGUAUGGUAGCAGACCUACUCAGAAGAUGACAGAUGAGCUGUAGGACAGGAGCAGACAGAAGCAAUCAACCGCAGAUCACAUUGCUAGAAGCUGUCUCAGGGGCUGGGAGGGACUCAAGGGAGAGAAGAGAGUGUGAAAGGAAGAGACAGAGAGAGAGAGAGCUCAUCUGAUUGAAAAGCAACAAGACAGCCGGAGAGAGACAUCCCAGCUCAGACUGUGACAGUCACUGGAGAGACAGGCUUCCCUUCUGCACCGUCAUGAACCGCUUCAAGACAUCCAAGUACAAGAACUGCAUCCCUAAGAUUCCAAAGAAGGAGAGUUGGAUUGCGGAUAUCGGAGGCGUAGCUACUUCUUCCAACGGGGACAACAUUGAAUGUGGAUGUAGCCGUAUUGUGUAUAAUACAGACAGCCCAGGGGUGUUGACGGUCACCUCUCUUGAAGUGGGACAAGGAGAAGAGAGGACGUUCUCCCGAUUGCAUUGCCAUUCAGAUGUGGUGACAGAUUUUGCAUUUUCCCCAUUUGAUGACAAUCUCCUGGCCACUGGAUCUGCUGACCAGUCUAUAAAAUUAUGGCGGGUGUCAGAAACUGGCGACGCGGGCGACCCCACAGCAACUCUCACGGUGAAAGGUAGUCCUGUAAAAGCUUUGCAGUUCCACCCAUCGGCUGAUGCCGUGCUCGUGUCUGCAGCCGGGAAAUCUGCACAAGUUUGGGAUCUCUCCAGGAUCUCUGCCCUUGCAGCUCUGGAUGAUCAUGGGGACCAGGUGCAGAGUAUAUGCUGGAGUCAUGAUGGGGUUCUGAUCGGGACAUCUUCUAAGGACAAGAGGUUGAGAGUUUUCGAUGUGCGCAAAAGCACAGGAGCCGUUCAGGAUGCACAGGGUCAUGACAACAAUAAAGAUUCUCGUGUGGUAUGGACCAAUUCCAGCAACCAUCUCCUAACAUCAGGAUUCAACCAGGUCAGGGAACGAGAACUGCUUCUCUGGGAUCUACGUAACUUCAGCCGACCGGUGUCAUCCUUCUCACUGGAUGCAUCCUCAGGACUCCUCAUCCCUCUCUAUGAUGUAGACACCGGCCUCCUUAUCCUGGCUGCACAGGGUGAAGGUACGGUGUAUUGUAUGGAGGUCGGCACAGAACCCCACUCUAUUGCACAAUUGUCUCAGUGUGUCACAGAGCAGCAGUCUCGCGGCCUGGCUUUGGCCCCUAAGCUGUGCCUUGAUGUCAUGGGCUCUGAGGUCCUACGUCUCCUCCAGCUGACUGACAAAUUCAUCAUUCCUAUCAGUUAUACAGUCCCACGCAAGCAAGCAGGACAGGAGUUUUCAAGUGACCUGUUUCCAGAUACUGCAGGACGCACAGCGGCACUGACAUCUGAUGGAUGGUGGGCUGGAGAGAACAAACAGGUAGGGAAGAUCUCUUUGAAUCCAGCAAGAAGAUCACCUCCGACUUCUUUCUCUGGCAAAAAGAAGGUGACCAAUUAUCCAGAACCGGGCAUCGCGUCUCCUGAAACAAGUGAUGGCAGUGUCCUGUCUUCUCCCUCCAGCUCUGUCACCUCCCCCACUAGUGGGAUCGUGUCCAGCACCAGCCAGCGCUCCUUGCAGAGCAUUCUGGGUCCCAGUUCCCGUUUCCGUCAUAUCCAGGGUGUUCUGCUCCACCGUGACAAUUACAUUACCAACUUGAAAGGCGUGAGCCAGAGUACACCAGGAGAGAGUGACGGCUUCUGUGUGAAUCACCAGAGAGUGGCAGUCCCGCUGGCUGUUGCUGGGGGUCAGGUGGCUGUACUGGAGCUGUCUCAGACCGGGCGUCUCCCAGACAUGCUGCCUACUGUCCAGAACUCUGUUCCUGUCACAGAUCUCACUUGGGACCCGUUCAACCCUCAUCGGCUGGUCACUGGUGGGGAAGACGGACGGGUACGGGUGUGGGAGAUCCCAGGAGACGGGCUUAAGGAGACUCUGACUGAACCCCAGAUUGUACUUGCUGCUCAUAAUGAGAGAAUCUAUACCGUGCGGUUUCACCCUAGUGCUUCCGAUAUCCUGGUUUCCUCCUCCUACGAUCUUACCCUGAGAGUUUGGAACCUGAAGACUGGAAAAAAUGUCCUGACCCUUCAAGGGCAUGAAGAUCAGAUCUUCUCUCUUGCUUGGAGUCCAGAUGGCAAGUACUUGGCAACUUGCUGCAAAGAUCAGCGAAUUCGCAUCUACGAGCCACGCGUUUCAGCUCAGCCAAAGCAGGUGGGCACUGGACCCGAGGGUCCCCGUGGAGCUCGUAUUCUCUGGGUGUGUGAUGGCAAAUAUCUACUUGUGUCUGGAUUUGACAGUCGAAGUGAACGCCAGCUUACUCUGCACAGUGCACAGGACUUGUCACUAGGACCCAUUGCUACUGUCGGCAUAGAUGUGUCACCGGCUACACUGAUCCCAUACUAUGACCCGGACACGGGGCUCCUGCUGCUUACUGGAAAGGGUGACACGAGAGUGUUUCUCUACGAGGUCAUACCAGAGUCGCCCCACUUCUUGGAGUGUAACAGUUUCAACACCAGUGAUCCCCAUAAGGGCAUCCAGUACCUGCGGAAAGUGGAUUGCACAGUGCCUGAUGUGGAGAUCCUGCGCGCCGUACGUCUUUGCUCUAACUCGGUGGAGCCUGUGGCUUUCCGGGUGCCACGUGUUAAGAAAGAGUUCUUUCAAGACGAUGUGUUCCCACCCUCCCGAGUCACCUGGGAACCGGCAUUGACGGCAGAAGAAUGGCUUAGUGGUAAAGACAAGCAGCAGCGGAGCAUGAACCUCUGUCCUGCGGGCAUGAUUCCAGUGAGCCAGGCUCCUAAGGAGGCCCCAACCAAGAAGUAUGUUCCAUCUUCUGUGUACCUUCAAGAGAAGACAGAUGAACAGAAGAAGGAGGAGCUUCUGAGUGCAAUGGUGGCAAAACUUGGAAAUCGAGACGACCCUCUGCCCCAGGAUGCAUUUGAAGGUGUUGAUGAGGACGAGUGGGAUUAGCGGUGACCUCCGGUGACCCCAGCUGCCUGCUCACCCCUCACCUCUCUCCUAUGUAACUGGAAAUGUCUUGGAUGCAGCUCCGCUUCUGAUACAUUCCAAUCCCAGGGAAAAAAAAUAAACUCAGGCCAAUUGUUUACACACUCCCAGCAUUCCUGACCGGGCCAAAAAACUGGAUCAUUGUAUUCCACAGGAGCCGCCACCACCACCACCACAUGUGCAGUGGGCACCCGGGCACCCCACCCCCCACACACAUUUCAUGGUGCCAUUUUGCCAGUCUUUUGCCUAUUGUGCGUAUGGUCUUGAGUAUAUUGCGAUGUUAUAAGCACAGCGGGCACCUCCGCUUCUUUUCCUAAUUUGUUUACAAUGUUAUUCCUGACUGCAUGAGUUUAUCCUGGUGACUUCCGUGCUAGCCAAUGGAGAUCAGGGAACAGGUGAUAUAAGAUGCCCGGGUAAUGCCCCGUCUAAUGUUUACCUGCCAUCGAGAAGCCAUAUACUUUACUAACACAGGGACCACUUGUGGCACUGCCAAAUGUGCCCUGCGGAGCAGGGUCUGCCUUAUACUUCUAAUAAAACUGUCGAAAAACAUCAAAGUGUCUCUGUCUGGUGCUU